AUGGAGACUCAGCUGAUAUUUUAUGAAAGGAAUCUUAAGAAAUUUCUUUGCCAUAUCACCAAUUCUCAUUCAGCCAAAAUCUUGAUUGCUUUGUUCUCCGGGACCUGGUACGCCAUAGCCAAGAAGGACCCUGAAGGUCUCUUUCUGCAAGACAACAUCGUCGCCGAAUUCUCCGUGGAUGAGAAUGGCCACAUGAGUGCCACUGCCAAGGGACGUGUUCGCCUUUUGAGUAACUGGGAAGUGUGUGCAGACAUGGUGGGCACCUUCACUGACACAGAAGACCCUGCCAAGUUCAAGAUGAAGUACUGGGGCGUAGCCUCCUUUCUCCAGAGAGGAAUUGAUGACCACUGGAUCAUCGACACGGACUACCACACGUUCGCCCUGCAGUACUCCUGCCGCCUCCUCAACUUUGAUGGCACCUGUGCAGACAGCUACUCUUUUGUGUUUGCACGUGAUCCCAAUGGCCUGACCCCCGAGAUACGGAAGCUGGUGAGGCAGCGGCAGGAGGAGCUGUGCCUGGACCGGCAGUACCGGUGGAUUGAGCACAACGGUUACUGCCACAGCAAAACAGAAAACCUUUUGUAGCAACAUCAAGGACAUAAAAGUUUCAUUUGAAAAUUUCUGAUUAACUUUCAAUCUUCACCUCUAUUUAUCUUAGGAGUUUAGCUUGUCUCCACUCCCGUCCCCCCCCUGCCCCUCGAAUCCCCUUGCCUUCCCUUGGUGAACAUAAAACAUCAUUGCACAUCAAAAUCCACGUAGGAAUGAGUGAAUCUGCAUCACUGUGGAUCUUAUGGAAGUUUCCUGAGACUUGGAAUUCCAAACUUUGAUUUAUUAAAAUAUAGCUAUCAGCUUCCUA